UACCCAAUUCCUUUCUUUCUCUUUCAUACCUCCUCUCCCCGCCCCCCUUUUAAAUUCGCUAGAAUUCAUUGAGAAUCUCCAAGAUAUUCCAACACUCCUCUCUUUCUCUGUGUAACAUUAUGGAUGAAUACUAUACAAGGAGCCAUGUUCCAGCUUUUGGCAGCUGGGAUUGGAACGACGACCUUCCUUUCACUCAGUGUUUCGAAUCAGCAAGACAAGCCGGUUUGUUUCGUUACAGCUACUCGGAGGAUCGUGAUCUGUAUGUUGCUGGUGAUCAUUAUGAUAAUGAUCUUGUUACUCCUGCCAUGAUCGUUGUUCCACGUAGAAGGACAAAAGUACGACAGUCCAAUGUUAAAGGGAAAAGGCAAAGCUGGGAGAUCAAUGACGUGAACGAACCACCAAGUCCCACUCCUAUCCACCACCGGCCAGCACCCAAACCGGUUGAUGAAGACCUCUAUAAAAUUUCCCCCCAUCUCCUUUACGCAAAACCCAGAAAAAAGAGAGGGUUGAGCUUCUUUUCGAGCUGCAUGGUUCCUGCUUGUGUGUUGUGAAGCUGCUGUUUUGCCCAUCGCCAAAGUUCAUGCUUAAGCUUUUUCAUGUACAGGAUGAAGUCAUAUAGUUUUAAGAGGAUGAUGAGGAUGGGAUUAUUGGGUUAAGAAGUGAAUUAAUAUAGUUUUUAUUUUACUUCUAUUGUUAUGUGAGGGUUAUUGUAGGUAGAAUCUUGUU